AUGGGGCUUCUUGGGGGUCUCCUGGUGCUGCUCCUGCUUGCUGUCUCCCCCGCGCUCGGCCAGCUGCCUUCGCAGGACAUCCUGGCGCUGCUGGCCUUCAAGAAGGGCAUCACGCACGACCCCACCGGCUACAUCACCGACUCCUGGAACGAGGAGUCCAUCGACUUCAACGGGUGCCCGGCGUCCUGGAACGGCGUCGUGUGCAACGGCGCCAGCGUGGCGGGGGUCGUGCUCGACGGCCACGGCAUCUCGGGCGUCGCCGAUCUCUCCGUGUUCGCCAACCUCACAUUGCUCGUGAAGCUCUCUGUGGCCAACAACAACCUCUCGGGCAGCCUCCCGAGCAAUGUGGGCAGCCUGAAGAGCCUCAAGUUCAUGGAUGUCUCCAACAACCGGUUCUCGGGGCCGGUGCCGGAAGGUAUCGGCAAUCUCCGCAGCCUGCAGAACUUGUCGCUUGCUGGGAACAACUUCUCGGGGCCGCUGCCUGAGUCCAUCGACGGGCUUAUGUCGCUGCAAUCGCUGGAUGUGAGCCGCAACUCUUUGUCUGGCCCGUUGCCUGCGGCUUUGAAAGGGCUGAAGAGCUUGGUUGCGCUGAACGUGUCCUAUAAUGCCUUCACAAAGGGUAUUCCUUCUGGGCUUGGACUCCUUGUGAAGCUUCAGUCUUUGGAUCUGAGCUGGAACCAGUUGGAGGGUGGAGUUGAUUGGAAGUUCUUGAUCGAGUCAGCUGUUGCUCAUGUUGACUUCAGUGGGAACCUGCUCACCAGUACUACGCCCAAAGAGCUCAAGUUUCUAGCGGAUAUUUCAGAGACGGUUCUGUAUCUGAACCUGAGCAACAACAAGCUGACUGGAUCAUUGAUAGAUGGUGUUGAGCUCUCUACUUUUGGGAGACUGAAGGUGCUUGAUCUGAGCAACAAUCAGUUAUCUGGUGACCUCCCAGGCUUCAAUUAUGUUUAUGAUCUUGAAGUUUUGCGACUUGCAAACAAUGCAUUCACUGGAUUUGUGCCUAGUGGGCUUCUCAAAGGUGAUUCUCUGGUCCUAAGCGAGCUGGACCUAAGUGCUAAUAACCUGACAGGGCAUAUCAAUAUGAUCACAUCAACUACUUUGCAAGUCCUUAACCUGUCCUCGAAUGCUCUUUUUGGGGAUCUUCCAUUGCUUGCUGGGAGCUGCACUGUGUUAGAUCUUUCAAACAACAAGUUCAGAGGAAAUUUGUCAGUUAUUGCCAAAUGGGCCAGCGAUCUGGAAUAUGUUGACCUUAGUCAGAACAACCUAACUGGUACAAUUCCUGAUGUGAGCUCACAGUUCCUUCGUCUAAACUACCUAAAUCUUUCCCGCAAUGCUCUAUCUGAGACCAUCCCUGAAGCUAUUGUUCAGUACCCCAAACUUACUGUGCUUGACCUAAGCUCCAAUCAGUUGCGUGGUCCUAUGCCUGCUGAUUUGCUAACUUCGUCCAUGCUGCAAGAACUCUACAUUCAAGAUAACAUGCUUUCUGGUGUCCUAUCCUUUCCUGGUUCGCCAUCCAAAAAUUUGAGUCUUCAAGUGCUUGAUAUUUCUGGGAAUCACUUCAAUGGAAGCCUCCCUGAUGAUAUUGCCUCCUUAUCUAGCCUUGAGUUCUUGACGUUUCAACAAACAAUUUCUCUGUUCACUGGGCCAUUGCCUGAGGAUCUUCCAGAUAACCUCCUAUCCUUCAAUGCAUCCUAUAAUGACCUUUCUGGUGUUGUGCCAGAGAACUUGAGGAAGUUUCCAGAAUCUUCUUUCCAUCCUGGGAACUCAAAAUUGGAGUAUCCUGCUGGCUCGUCUGGAUCUGGCAAUUCCCCAUCUGGGUCAGGAGGGGGAAAAUCACUCAGUACAGUUUCUAGCUCUGAAAAGGUUUCAGACAAGAGCCUCCACAGAGCAACUAAAGACAGUGCUGUUAUGAAAGGAAAAGACAACAAAGGUGGUUUGGUCUCAGCUGAUGAGCUUGUUACUCCUCGAAAAGGCUCUACAUCUGAAGCACUUAGCCAAGAAGAGAAGUCAGCCACAGGGGGCUUUUCACCGUCUAAGGGCAGCCGCUUCUCUUGGUCACCAGAUUCCGGAGAGGCAUAUGGUCAGGAAGGAUUGGCGCGGUUGGAUGUGAGAUCACCUGACAGGCUAGCAGGGGAGUUGCAUUUCCUGGACGAAACAAUCACACUAACGCCAGAGGAACUUUCAAGGGCACCAGCUGAAGUUCUAGGCAGGAGCAGCCAUGGGACUUCAUACAGGGCGACACUGGAGAAUGGUGUGUUCCUGACUGUGAAAUGGCUGAGGGAAGGUGUUGCAAGGCCCAAGAAAGAGUUUGCAAAGGAGGCCAAGAAAUUUGCUAACAUCCGGCAUCCAAAUGUGGUUGGUUUGCGUGGCUACUACUGGGGCCCAACCCCACAUGAGAAGCUGAUCUUGUCAGAUUAUGUUGCGCCAGGAAGUCUUGCAAGCUUCUUAUAUGGUAAUGCCAUCAUCUACUACUGA